AUGCAGGUCUACAGCUCUGGAACCGUGGGGGCAGGCUCAGCAGCGGUGCUGGCGCCUCGUGUGGUGCUUGGAGGGGCUCGCUUGGGGGAAGUGCAGUCAGCAAGCCCAGAGGAGUGCGCAGAGCGAUGCAGGGAGGACGCAGAGUGCAGCUGGUUCAACGCCUGUGGCUCCCCGCAGGGCUGCAACGUGGGAGAGGGGCCGCCACUGGGCUUCCAGCAGUGCAGCCUGCUGGCUGCCAACGACAGCGUGGUGCCAGUGGUCCUGAGCAAGGGCGACGACGGCUUCAGCGGUGACUACUCCUGCCCUGGCUCCGUGCUGCCCACGCAGUGCGCAUUCAGGACCGCGGCUCAGGCAGCGGUGGUCUGCAUGAACACGCUCGCUUGCCGUACCGUAGUGGUGUAUCUCGAUGGCAUUGAUGGGCAGUCGGGCGAGCUCGCCGUGCUCAAGUCUGCCAGCCUGGGAUCUGUGAGCAGCUUUGUGGCUCCCUCCGUCUACUCCAUCACCCGCCAGGACAACCGCCCCGUGGAGACAGCCAGCAACACUUCCUGGCUGGGCUGCUUUGUGGGGCGGAACGCGGCAAUGGAUGGCGUGCAGGUGGCCACAGUGCAGCAGCCGACGCCAGAGGCCUGCUGCCGCGCCUGCCGCACCUGGAACAGCAGCGCAGGCGGCCCCGCAGCCAGCGGCAGCCCCAGUCCACUCAACGCCACCCCCAGUGUGUGCAAUGUGUGGAACCACUGCUCCAAUCCAGGCGGCUGCCGGCUCACCACAGAUGAUGGCGCUGAGCUGGCGCUGCCUGAGGGCGGCUGCGGGCUGCGCUUCCAAGAGCUGGUGCAGCCCGCUGUUGCCUAUCCCGCAGCCCUGAUAGCAAAGGGCCCCAAUGUGCCCUUCUCAGCUGGAGGGCCCAUCGUCACCUCAGCACCACAGGUGGGUGCAUCGUGGUAG